AUGGAAAACAUGUUUAAUUCUUUAAAAAGUACUGCUUUAAGUAUUGGUGAAGCAAUGACACCUGUACUUAAACAAUCGAAAUUUCGUGAAACAGGUGUUAUAACACCCGAAGAAUUUGUUGCUGCUGGAGAUUUUCUUGUACAUCAUUGUCCAACAUGGAAAUGGGCAACAGGUGAUGAAAGUAAAGUUAAAAGUUAUUUACCUAAAGAAAAACAAUUUUUAAUAACACGUAAUGUUCCAUGUUAUAAACGAUGUAAACAUAUGGAACAUAAAGAUAAUUUGGAAAAAAUUGUUGAUGAAGAAAAUGGUGAUGGUGGAUGGGUUGAUACACAUCAUUAUGCUGAUAGUACAGUUACGGAAGUACGAGAACAUGCUGGACAAAUUGAAUCAACCGGUGGAAAACAAUCACAUGUAACUGUUGAAGAUGAUGGAGAAGAUGAUGAUGAUGAUGCAGCUGAUAUGGAAGAAUUCGAACGUAAAGGAAUGGUAAUGAACGAUCCAUUAGAAGCACCAUCAACAACAAACUCUUCAGCAAGUGCAUUAACAACAGAUGAUAAUGUAGUACAAAAUACAUUACAAACACGUACCUACGAUUUAAAUAUAACUUAUGACAAAUAUUAUCAAACACCACGUCUUUGGUUAACUGGUUAUGAUGAACAUCAUAAACCCUUAUCAGUUGAAAAAAUGUAUGAAGAUAUCAGUCAAGAUCAUGCAAAAAAAACAGUAACUAUGGAACAACAUCCGCAUUUACCUGGAACAGGACCAAUGCCAAGCAUUCAUCCAUGUCGUCAUGCUGAUGUCAUGAAAAAACUUAUACAAAUGGUAGCAGAAUCUGGCAAAGAACUUGAAGUUCAUAUGUAUAUUAUGAUAUUUCUUAAAUUUGUACAAGCAGUCAUUCCAACUAUUGAAUAUGAUUAUACACGUCGACCAUGUAAUGUUAAUCAUUGUGAUAACGAACAUGUGUGUGUACGUCGAAAAGACAUUGAUUUACAAUAUCGUUGUGUACCAAAACCUUAUUUUAAACAACAUCCAGAAAAGAUUGCCGAAUGGAAUUUAAAUCCAUCAUUAAUGGAUGAAAUACUUGAUGCAACAAAUUGUCAAUCAUGUUUAACUGAACCAUUAGAUUAUGUUUGUGGCACUGAUGGACGUGUUUAUCGGUCACCUUGUUAUAUAAAAUAUUUCAAUUGUUUAUUAGAUACAGAUAUACAAUUAGCAUGUCAUAAAGAAUGUCCAUGCAAUGAUACAAAUGUGGAUAAUCAAAAUUCUGAAUGGAUGGAUUUGAAUAUCAAAGAAAAUAUCAUAAGUGAUCCAUUAGAUGAUAAUAGUCCAGAUGAUCCAAGAGGACAAUUUGAUCAAUGUUCACGAUCUAUUCAUCGUGAAUUACGUAAUCGUUUUUUUGAUUGGUUUCAUCAAAUUGAAAAACUUGAACAUAAAAGUCAAUAUUAUGGUUCAAUUGAAAAUUGUCAUCCAAUGGUUUCCUAUAUGUUUUAUCAUUUUGAUACAACAAAUGAUUCGGAAUUAAAUGAUGAUGAAUUAGAUAGUAUUGAACAUUUAAAAGAUGAAUUAUGUACGGAUAGAUUUUUUCAACGAUGUGAUCAUGAUGGUGAUAAACGAUUAUUUCCAUAUGAAUGGUGUAAUUGUUUUCAAUAUGCUCUUUUACCUUGUGAAUUAUAUAAUCGAGAUUUAGAUAAAGCAUAUUGGAAUAAAUCAAUGGAAGGAAUAUUUCGCCCACGUUGUAAUUCAAAUGGAUAUUAUGCAUCAAGACAAUGUAGUGCAGAUACACCUCGACAAUGUUGGUGUGUUGAUAAACAUGGAAUUGAAGUUGAUGGAACACGACAGGAUGAUGAUCAUAUGCCUCAAUGUGAUGAAAUUGAAGAUUCAAGAACCAGAAAAUAA